UUUUCUGGCGGAAACGUGUCAUCCUACCUACACAAUUGUCUUCGUCUGGGUGCAUUAGCCCAGACUCCUGUAGUUUGCCUACUUAGCCUCCUUUUGCAUAUUUUCAGCACAACUUCUCUUUAUCGUCGUCUGGCCCACUUGAGGACUCGUUAUUCAAUAGAUUGGCGCAAUGUAAGGAGUGACCAGACUAUCUCUACAAAGCAGCUCGGAAUCCUUUUUAUCCCGACCACUCUUAUUCAUCCUGCUGAUCCGACUUUUAUCACCGCUUGGCUCCAGUUUCAUCCGUUUGAUCCUUUCCAAAUUCAUCUUGUAGAGCUUUCUCCGUCAGAGCAUAUAGCGGAAUCGAAUGAGUCAAAUGAUUCAUAUACUCUUUCGAAUAACAAAAAAACAUUUAGAGACCAACUAUUUCGCCUCGUGAGCGAGUUUUCCCCCCCGUUCUCUCUUGCAAAUCGCACCAGAGAUGGUGUAUUUUCAGAUAUAGCUGCUGAUGCUUAUCUAGAAGAAUGGUGUUCUGAGCUUCAAGAUUUUUUAGCGCGUUCUAUUCAUUAG